UGUUACGUCUACUAUGCUUGUCAGUGUUGCAGUAAGACUAUUUGAAUCACAGUGAAUGACUAGAUUGUGUAUAUGUUCAGGGGAAAUGUUCAGCUAAAAAUCCAGCUUAGUCUGACCAUGUACCAGCUUCCAAAACACAGGUCAAGAUGUUCAAACUUGUAGAGCUCCUUUACCAGCUGGAAAGGAUGGUCUACCGGCUUCACCAGCUCGGCCUAUGUUUUGGUAGCUGGUAGAUGGUCAAUAGAGUUUUCAUUAAGGGGUCUGGACCUGAAAUGUAAACAGUAUUAAGGACAUUUAAGUUGCAAUAACUGACCUUCAAUAACUAACCUUCAAUUAUGUAUUUUUAGAAAAUCACCCAGUUAAUAGCAACAUUGGAGGUUUAUCUGUCUUUUUGACUUGACACCUUACUGAUUUAAAACCAUCAAUGCCCUUAUUAUGUGUGUAUUUAAAUUUUUGUUCGUUCAUUCAACCAUUUAAAUAUUUAGCGUAGAUAGGUUAGAAAUACAGAAACCUAAAAUGUUUCAAAUGUUAAUAUGCUGGAACGUUUUUUUUUUUCCUACUUGUACUUUGAAGCUCAGUUAUGUUGAUGUCGAUCGGUAAUCACGUGAAUACAAGAUCCCAAUCAGAUGCGAGAAUCGGGGCUGAAAUACUGGGAUAAGUGAGAGACUUUAGUAAUCUAAUAGGAAUAUCUAGUAUAUAGUUAUUUAUCUCUUUAUUUUCUUUUAUUUAUGAAUUAUUGUUUUGAUAUUAUUAUUAUUACUUUUUUUUGUUUGUUUUCAUUUUAUUUUAUUUUUUCUUCCAAUCUUCUGCCCACACUCCAGUCCAGUAGGUGGCGGUAAUACACCUUUAGUGGUUUGCCAACCGCCAUUAAAACAAAGAGAAGAAGAAUCGGGGCUGUCCAAUCAGGUUUGGCGGCGCACAUUAGUCUUGCUGUUUCUGUAUCUUUAAUAUGUUGGUCGGUGUAAAAUCGUUGCUUUAUUACACCGACUGAAGAGCACUGUUCUUUUCCAUUAAAGUAUGCAGACUACGGGGAUGAAUAGUAUUAUAUAGGUGUCGGUUAUAACUGUGGCACAAUGCCGCUGGUGACUAGAGGAAGCUGUGUGUUUGAGGCGGUUCAAAGGGGAGAUGGUGAACAAGUGGAGCUGCUCAUUCAACAGGACCGAACCAUCCUGAAACAGAGAGGCUGGGGUGGAUUUACUGCCCUCCAUUUUGCGGCUCUUCAUGGGAAUCAGCCAAUAGCUGAACUCCUCCUGAACAGUGGUGCGAACCCCAACAUACCCUGUGAUAGUGGACAAACCCCCUUUCACUUUGCUUGCCGACAUGGCAACAUCAGAAUCAUGCACAAAAUGUUGCAGCAGGGCGCAGACAUGCGCAUUGUAGAUCAGCAGGGGAAAACAUCAUUGCAUCAUGCAGUCAGUGGAGGAAGCAUUGUUGCCAUGCAGUACCUCUGGGAGACGACCAUGUUCCGAUUCUCAGAUUCUGAUAAGUUCCUGAUCACCCCACUACACAUGGCGGCAUCUACCGGGAAUACAGAUGUGGUCCGGUAUCUGCUACGAGAAAAUAGAUGCUUAGCAGAUGCAGUAGACCACCAGGGGGCAACAGCGCUGCACGUGGCUGCUGAGAAAGGCGCAGUUGAAGUGUGCUGGUUACUGCUACGCCGCACCGGACUCCACAUUUUACACGUGAAAACCCACAGUGGCCUCACACCUUUAGACCUCUGCAGUCGCGGAACGACUUGUAGACAUCGGCAGCUCACCAAAAUGUUGGUGAAGUUCAUCAACAAACCAAAGGAUCAGAAGCCCAGAGAAUCAUAUGUGCUGUACUACUGGACGCUUCUUUUGCCGAGUAUCAGUGGGGCAGUGGUGCUACUCAUAGCUGCGUCCCUGGGAGAAAAAGGAGGUGUGCUCUGUGGACUGUUCUUUCCCUUGCUGGCAAAAGUCACCUUGUCUCAGUACCACAGAAUGAGUGACUAUCAGAGGUUACCAAAUCCCAUCUAUCUUGGAACUUUGACUGCAGGCAUGAUUCAUACCUUAAUCUGCUUUUACUAUAAAAUUCUGCCUAAUAUUUGGCCAGCUUAUGCCCUCUUAAAUGUUACAGUACUUCAUUUCUCUGUGGUUAUCUGGCUUUUCUGGAAGCUUCUAACCCAGGAUCCAGGACAACUGCAGGCAGCCGAUACAGAUCCUAGAUUCUCCAGCAUAGCAGACUUGGUGGAGUCUAAUCAGAAUCUCAGUCGGUUUUGUAUUUACUGUGAGCUGUUCCAAGUGGCCAACUGUAAGCACUGUCGUCUGUGUGACAUUUGCGUCAUGGAUUAUGAUCACCACUGCCUCUUCCUAAACCGCUGCGUGGGCCGGAACAACCACCGUGUCUUCUUACUCUUCUUACUGGCCAUGAUAGUGGCUCAGCUCUUCUUCGUCAGCAUUGCUGGAUAUUACCUUCAGUGGAGGUCGAAGGUGGAAGAGGGUUUUAGCUGGAGCUCAGUAGCAAUGAGAGAAGCGUGGGUGCUUCUGCUUCUCAUAAUCAAUGCACUUGCUGUCCUGUGGGAGACCUGGCUGCUCUCUGAGCAGUUUAAUGCCAUCUCUACUGGAAGCACCAUGUACUUCAGACAAUGUCACCAUAAGAAGUCUUCUUGUAGCAAGCGUGUGGCCACAGUUGUUUUGUUUCUGGUUGAAGGGAAGAAUUUUAGGUGUCAAAAUCAAAAUGCUGUUGAUAUUUAACUGUAACACAAGUGACUUUCUAUACAGACAGCAGCUUUACAGUAAUUUUUAAUAGUUCAUGAAGAUUGAGGAAUAACUGAUGUCACUUGGAGUUGGUUUUAAUUGAAAUUUUUUUUUUUUUUAACUGAACAAGCUUCACUGUGUGCUUCUUACAGAGGAGGCAUUUCAUCUUCUCACUGUUUGGUACACGACUGUUUUCAUAUUGACCAAAGAAUUAGUUUGAACUUUUGCACUGAACCAGUUAAUGUAUUCAUACUGUUCAUACACAGAUCAUAGACUUUUGAAUAUUUUAUUAUUUUGGCCUCUUUCAGUAGGAAAAUGCUCCCUGCCACACUGCAAAAAAUUUUCAGGAACAGUUUGAGGAACAUGACAAAGAGUUCCCCAGAUCUCGAACUGAUGGAGCAUCUGCUGGAUGUGCUGGACGGACAAGUCUGAUCCACAAAGGCCCCACCUCAUUACUUACAGGACUUAAAGGAUCAACUGCUAACAUCUUGGUGCCAGAUACCACAGCACACCUUCAGAGGUCUUGAGGAGUCCAUGUCUCCACAGGUCAGAACAGUUUUGCCAGCACAAGGGGACCUACACAGUAUUAGGCAGGUGGUUUUAAUGUUAUGGCUGAUCGGUGUAUACACACACAUCAAAUGAAGCACCUACAGGUCAGGUUGAUGUUCACAUGAAAAAUCAUAACAGGGAAAAUGUGAUUUCAAUGGCAUGGUUAACCUGGGACUUUCAUGUACAACAGUCUCUAGAGAUUACACAGAAUAGUGUAAAAAACAAUAAACAUCCACUGAGCAGCAGUUCUGUGGGCAGAAACACCUUGUUGAUGGAUCAGAAGAGAAUGAGCAGACUGGAUUGAGCUGACAGGAAGGCUACAGUAACUAAAAUAAACACACUUUACAACCAUGGUGAGCAGAAAAGCAUCUCAGAAUGCACGUGAAACCUUCAGGUAGAUAAGCUACAACAGCAGAUCACAUUAGUUUCAAUUCCUGUCAACCAAGAAAAGGAAUCUGAGGCUAUAGUGGACACAGGCUCUGGACAGAUGAAGAUUGGAAAAAGAAAACAUUUUAGCAAUCUUCAACUGUCCAGUUUCAGUCAGUCUGUGCCCAGUGUAGCCUCAGAUACCAUGUUCUUGGUUGACAUAUACAGGUGUUCCUUUUUCCAAACACGUGAAGAAUAUUUCAUACAUUCAUAUUGGUCAGCCUUGAAGUCUCUCACUGGCCUCUCUGCAUAUCUGAAUCGUAAAACUAAUAUUAAACAUAAAUUGUAUAACAAGGUUAAUCUAUCUAUCCUUAUAUCUGAUCAAUAGUUAUAGCAGAAUGAUGAGUACCAAUGUUAGCAUUAAUCUGAACAAAGGCAGCUCAUUUGAUUUAACUGUCAAAUAUAAUAACUUCUGAGUUGUUAAGAACAUGUUUUGUUUGCUGCGUGCAGUAUUGGACAGACUCCUUGCAUUAGAGUCUAGAGUGCUCUGCUAGAGCAAAAGCAAUGCUUUUAAGCUGAGAUUUCAUCAUCAAUCAUCUGCAUAGUCUGUGUUUGCUCUGAGCCUAAUUUCUCAUUGAUUUUCUUGUGGUAAUACCAGUCAAGUAAAGGAACAUGAAUCUGCAGAGUUGAGAAGGACGGCCAUGGAUAAUUACAUUUCAUUACUGCUCUGACACAGGCCUAGUCACUGUUGCAUCCACCCUCAUCCCUCCUUCUUUGUCUUGUCAGUGCAGAUUUCAGAGGAAAUGCAAUUUAUCUGCUAAUCUCCAAGCAUGUGUAUCAAGGGCUUCAGAGCAGUGGGUUUCAAUCGGUGGCCUGAGAUGGUAGAGCAGAGAAGCUGUCAAUGUAAUCAACUUUAAAAUAAUCAGUAAUAAUCAGAAAAAAAGUUUUAUUACUAGCCAACUUGAAAUAUUUAGUGGUCCCUCCAGGAUUUCACAAUUUUGCGAUCGAAGAAAUGACCACAAAAUCAAGCUGAUGUGGAUCAUUCAGAGGAGCUUUCAAUUUUCCUAAAUUACAACAGAUUUUCAGCAGAUUUGGGAUGAGAUGUGUCAUGUGACAUCAUCACAAUGCUCGUUCAGACAAAGCCCUCUUCGAUUCACGCAAGUCGAAGACAUGUAUAACUGAAACGUCUCAUUUCCCAACAAACAUCACUGCGAAAGACCAUGCAAAACAAUUUCGUGCAAUUGCAAUUUCACCAAUUCAAGUAGUUUUCCACAAAAACUCUGCAAGUUACAGCGAAAUUAUGAAAAAGCCGUAGCAAAUUCAAGCAUUUUUGGCCAACAAUAACAAAAAAAAAGCCCUCUGUGAAAUCCUGUAGGACUGAUUUAGGAGAAUAGUUAUUUGAGUCAGGAUAACAUUGCGGUGCAGUGGGUAGCAUUGCCUUCUACAUGCAUGUCCGUUUCCUCUGGGUUCUCAGGUUUCUUCCCACUUCCCAGUGACAUGCCAAUAGGUGAAGUGGCCAUGCUAAAUUGCCCGUAGGUGUGAAUCUGUAUGUGAAUAUACUGUAUUUGUGCAUGGUGGCCUGUGAUCAACUGGUAGCCCAUCAAGGGUGUAUUCACACCUAGUGCUUAGCAUUCGUAGGAUAGGCUCUAGAUCCACCGUGAACCUGACAAGGAUAAGCAGUGGUCAGAGGUCUUUUCUUCUUUGAUUUCCAUUACAUUAAUUAUCAUUCAGUUUGUAAGUUUAUCGGUCAGGUAGGUUCUAACAGAUGUAAAUGUGCUGCAGGAGUUUCUGUGCACAGUCAUGCCAGCCAACUGCUAUAAAAUGUUAAGAAUUUUUCUUUUAAGAAGUCCAUGCUUAAAGUUUGAACAGACAUUAAGACCUCUGUAUUGACAUCACUGUGUUUACAGUAAUAAUGAGAUUGUUUGAGGAAGUGUUACCCACCUUCAACUACACAGUCUUUAUUAAUAGAUUAAAAUAUAAUCUGUCUGUAAUAUGUUAAUGUGCUGUUGUUCUGCUUCUGUAGUUCUGUUUCUGUCUAUAACUUGAUUGUAUAUUAGGGCAUAAAUGUCUAGAAUGCUGUCAUUCCAGUUUUGAUGUGAUUUGGUGGAGGGUUCAAAAAGACAUAUCAUGAGGAUUUUGUGUUUUGCUCUCCUGGCUAUGGAGAGCACAAUUUCCAAAUUUUAUUUUAACCUAAAACAUGUGGAUGCACAUCUGUUUUUGGACCUUUUCUUAGUUUGUGUAACCUGUGGUGUUACAUGGUGGUGCAGGAUGCAAGAGCUUAAUCAGUCUGUGUUUAUUUGAGCUAUUUUAUUGGUUAAGCACGUGUCAAAACAGGUUCACAAGAAUGGAGCAAGGUAACUCCUAAUGAUAAAAACAGACACACUAGGGUCUAAUCUAUCUAUGCUUAGCCAUUUUGGUCAAAGAUGGCUGUUUGGAAGUUCAAAAUCCACAUAGAUACAUCACCAGUCAUCAGUACUUCCUCAAAAGACACACCCCCAAGGCACAUGCAUGAGCUCGAACUAGACUAUGCUUUCAUACUAAUGCAAGAGGGUAAGCUGUAUGAAUUGACAAGCUCCAUGACUGACAGGCAAGUACAGAUGUCUCUUUUUCCUGAUUAAAAUUUUUUACUUAGACUGAGGCACCACAGAGAUCAGAUUUUUUUCUUUCUUUCAGAUUUUUUCCCCUUCUGUGCAGAUAUUUCAGCUAGCACAAUGUGAGGAGCUAAACAUUACAAAAAGUGUUUUGGCUUUUAAACACCUGUAACAAUUGUAAACCAUUAAUAAUGAACAAGAAAUAAAAUUAUGUAUAAAAUAAUAUACACUUGUCAUAUCGCCAAUGGUCACAAAUAUUUUGCUAGAUUACAGUUAAUCACUAAUAUAGAGUAGUAAACUAAUUGAACUACAGCAAAGACAAUGCAGAUAAUAUACAGAUAUACAGUACUUUAACUAGCAAACACUGUAUAUAUUU